AAAAAACCCUAGAGAGAGAGAGAGCUUCUCCAUUUCCAAAAACCCGGCGGCGAAGAUGAAGUACAACCCAAGAGUCACCUCCUCUCGCAGGAAGAACCGUAAGGCUCACUUCACAGCCUCAUCAAGCGAGAGACGCGUCAUCAUGAGCUCACCUCUCUCCACCGACCUGCGCCAAAAGUACAACGUCAGAUCCAUGCCCAUCCGCAAGGACGACGAGGUUCAGAUCGUUCGUGGGACCUACAAGGGACGUGAAGGGAAGGUCGUCCAGGUGUACCGUCGUAAGUGGGUCAUUCACAUCGAGAGGAUCACUAGGGAGAAGGUGAAUGGGACCACUGUGAAUGUCGGAGUUCAGCCUUCGAAGGUUGUGAUUACGAAGCUGCGUUUGGACAAGGACAGGAAGUCUUUGUUGGAGAGGAAGGCGAAGGGACGCUCUGCGGCUGAUAAGGAAAAGGGGACUAAGUUUACCGCUGAGGAUGUUAUGCAAAACGUUGAUUAAACAAACAUAAGGUUUAUCUUUUAGUUUUGAUUAUCAGCAACUACUCAUUUUGUUUUGUUCGAAUGUUUAAUUUAUGUUGCGGACAUGAGAAAGUAUCAUUUCAAUUUCGUUUAUGAGUUUGACUCUUUGGCCAUUUUCUAUUAAUGCUUUUUGAUAUGAAUGUUUGAUCUGUUGAUUGUAGUUGCGAGAUUGAUGUGUGAGUCAUUGAUUUUGGUAGCUAAGGGAUGGGUUUUUUUUUUUUUUUUUUUUUGAUCAAAGGGGAUGGGUUUUUAAUGAUGUGUUUCUCUAAGAAAAUGAAUUUAUUCGGAGUCGU